AUGAACAGUAAUUUAAAGAACAAAAAAGUCCUAUAUUACAUUGAUGAGGAUUUAAACAAUAAUAUAUAUAGUGAAAGCGAAAAAGUCUUUUUAAAAAAUAAUAUAAAUUGGAAUAAAAUAAAAGUAUUAAAUGAUAAAAAAGUUGAAGGAGGAUCUAAUUUGGAUAAAAAAAAUGAUAAUGAAACAAAUAAACAAUGUUUAAAAAAAAUGAAAUUAUAUGAAUCAUUAGAUUUAAAUGUAAAAAAUACAAAUAAAAAUAUUUUACAUCAAAAAAAAUGUGAAAAAUCAAAUGUUGAAUAUGAAAAGAAAAAAAAUUCAUCAAGUAUAUGUGAGGAAGAUUCUUCAAAUACAAACAAAUUUGAAGAAAAAGAUAAAGAUCAAAAUAGUGAAUGUAAUUCUAUUAACUUUCAAAGUUAUUUACCAUUUUAUUCUAAUCAUGAUAAUAAAAAUGAGAAUUCAAAUGUUAAUAAUAAUUUAAAUAAUGAUAUUCUAGAAACUAUUAAAAUAGAUAAUAUAUAUGAUUCAUUUAUUGAAGAUGUAAAGAGUUCAUUUGUACUUACAAAGAAUAUGAAAAAAAGCUUUAAAAAUUUUAUUGAAAAGAAAAAUCAAAAAAAUAAAGAAAAAAAGUUUUUAGAUUUUCUUUCAAAAAGUGAAGAUGAAAAUGAAAUUUCAAGUUUUCAUUCUUCAGAUAAUAUGUAUAUUGAUAAUAAUUCUUCAAAUAAUUUAAAAAUAGAAAAAUAUGUAAAAAUUGAUAGUUCAGACAGUUCUGAAAAGAAUGAUAAUGAUGCUAUUAGUGAUGAGGAAUUUUUAAAUACACAAAAUGAAUUAUCCGAGAACUCUGAAAAAAAGAAUAAACUAAAUAGUUGUGAUAAUUAUGAAGUAAAAGAUGAUAAAAAGCAAAAUUUAUAUAAAAAAAGUUUACCAAAUAAAAAAGAAAAUGAUAUAUUAAAAGAUGAUAAUAAUAAUAAUAAUAACAGUAAUGUUGAAGAUAAAAAUAAAAAGAAUAGUGAAAAUGAUAUAAUUAAUGAUUAUAAAAAUAUGUAUAUAAUUGAAAAAGAUGUUGAAUUUUAUAUUCCAUUUCAAAAAAAUAAAAAUUUGAAUUAUUUUAUUAGAGAAAAUGAAAAAGAAAAUCAUGUAAAAAAUAACUCUUUAAAAAGAAACAAAGAAAAUAAUAAAAUAAAUAAUAUACAAAAUAAUAGAUCUUCAAAAAAAACAAAAAUAUUAAACGAAGAAACAUAUGAAGUAUAUAGUAAUGGUGAACACAAUAUAAAAUGUCCUAAUUCUAAUAGUGCACAUAAUGAUCAAAUAAAUAAUGAAAUGGAAAAUGAUAUUAAUCAUAAAAGCGGUGAUUCUUUAAUUAUAGAAAAUAACGGUAAUGAGAUAAAUCAAGAAGAAAAUAAAAUUGAAACGAAUGAAGAUGAAAAUGAAACUGAGGUAAUUGAAAAAGAUAAAAAAGAUAAAUUAAAGAAAAUAAAAGAUAGGAAUAAAAGAACAAAUAAAGAAAAUGAAAUACAAAAAGAUAUUAAAAAAAAUGAGAAUUAUAAAAAAGACAAAGAAAAUUAUGUAUGUGAUGAAGAAUUUAAGGAAGAUAGUGAAAAUGAUAAAGAAGUUAAGGAAAAAGAAGUAAAUAAAGAAAAUGAAAUGAACAAAGAAAAUAAAAUAAAAGAAGAAGUUAAAGAAAAUGAAAUAGAUGAGGAAAAAAUAGUAAAGAUAGAAAUUAGCAAAAAUAAUAAAAUAAAAGAAGAAAUUGAAGAAAAGGGCAUAUGCUCAAAGAAGAUGAUUAAUAAAAAAAAUAAAGGUGAUAACAGUAAUACUAAGAUUAGUGAAAAUAGUAAAUUGUUAUAUGAAAAUGAUGAAAAUAUUUAUAAUUUAAGGCAAAUUAAAAAGAGGAAUUUGUUUUAUGAAAAUGUAUCAAAUAAAAUUUCAAAAAUUUUUUAUGAAGUGAAAAAAAAAAUUAACAAAAAUUCUUUUGACAAUUUGGAAGACGAAAAAGAAAUUAUAAAUGAAGAGAAAAAUAUAAAUGAAGAAGUUAGUAUUAAUGAAGAAAGUACUAUGAAUGGAGAUGAUAUGAGUGAAAGGCUAGAUGAUAAUGCAAAAGGUAUUAUAAAUGAGGAAAUUCACUUAAAUGAAAAAAAAGUAUUAAUUGAAGAAAGUGUCAUUAAUGAAGAAAAUGAUACAAAUGAAGAAAAUAGUAUAAAUGAAAAAGAGAAUAAUAUAGAAAAAAAUGAUAUGAAUAAAAAAGAUAGUAACCAUGAGAAAAAUGAUAUAGAUAAAGAAAUUAAUAUUAAUGAAAAAAAUAAUAAAAAUGAAAACAAUGAUACCAAUGAAAAAAAUGACAUAAAUGAAAAGAAAAUUGAAAUGAAUAAAAUAAAUGAUAUGAAUAAAAAAAAUAUCAUAAAGGAAAAAGGUAAUUCAAAUGAAAAAGUUGAUAAUUUAUCUGUUAAAGAGAAUGAAUUUAGAAAUGAAGACAAUAAUAAUAUUAACACAGGAAAUAAAAAUAAUGAGAUGGAAAUAAAUAAUGAGCAUAACUCAAAAAAAAUAGAAAUUCGUAUUAAGUCAACAGUAGAGAAAAAAAGUAAUAUUAAAGAGGAACUUAUCAAUGUAAAUAAUAUUCCAAUAGAUACAAGAACAUGCAAUAUAUGCAAUGCAGUUUUUGCAAAUAAAAAAUUAAUGAAGAGACACUUAACAAGUGUUCAUUCAGAUGCAAGACCAUUUAAAUGUGAUAUUUGUUCCAAAACAUAUAAAAGAUCAGACCAUUUAAAGAACCAUUUAAUGAAGCAUGAUAUUAAUAAAGAAGAAAAAAAAUUUCAAUGUUCAAUAUGUCAAUUAUUUUUUAAAACAUCAGAAGAAUUAGAUAUGUGCAAAUUAAAACAUUCUAAAUGCUCUAAUGAAAAUUGUUCUUAUGCUUCUAUUUUAAAUUCAAAGACGAAUUACUUAAAUAAGGAUGAAUCUAUUUUAUAUAAUGAUGGUAAUGUAGAAGGAAAAAAUUCUAACAUAAACGAAAUAGAUUCUUUAAAAAAAAAAAAAAAAGCAAACGAAAAAAAUAAUAAUGCAAACGAAAAAGAUGAUAGUUCAAAUGAAAAAAAUAAUAAUGCAAACGAAAAAGACAAUAAUGCAAAUGAAAAAGAUGAUAAUUCAAAUGAAAAAGAUGAUAAUUCAAAUGAAAAAAAUAAUAAUACAAAUGAAAAAGAUGAUAAUUCAAAUGAAAAAGAUGAUAAUUCAAAUGAAAAAGAUGAUAAUUCAAAUGAAAAAGAUGAUAAUUCAAAUGAAAAAGAUGAUAAUUUAAAUGAAAAAGAUGAUAAUUUAAAUGAAAAGGAUGAUAAUUUAAAUGAAAAAGAUGAUAAUUUAAAUGAAAAGGAUGAUAAUUUAAAUGAAAAAGAUGAUAAUUUAAAUGAAAAAGAUAAUUCAAAUGAAAAAGAUGGUAAUGCAAAUGAAAAAGAUGGUAAUGCAAAUGAAAAAAUUUUGGCAUUGCAGAGUGAUAAUAAUGAAAACAAAACUAAUAUAAAUAUUAACGCACAUCAAAUAGAACUAAAAAAAAAUGAAGAAAUAACAGAUGCAGUAAUAGAGCAAAAAAAGGAUAUUAAAGAGGAAUUUAUUAAUGCUAAUAAUACUCCAGUAGAAAUAAGAACAUGUAAUUUAUGUAAUAUGAUAUUUGCAAACAAAAAAUUAAUGAGGAGGCAUUUAAUGAGUGUUCAUUCGGAUGCACGUCCUUAUAAAUGUGAAAUUUGUUCAAAAACAUAUAAAAGAUCAGAUCAUUUAAAAAAACAUGCUUUAGUACACAAUAUAAAUAAAGAAGAAAAAAAAUUUCAGUGUUCAAUUUGUCAAUUAUGUUUUAGUACUUCAAAAGAAUUAAGAAAUCAUAAAAUUGGACAUUACAAGUGUCCAUAUGAAAAUUGUUCUUAUUCUUAUUCUACCAUUUCAAAAAUGAAAUAUCAUUUAAACAAACAUAAAUGUAAUCUUUUUUAUUCUUGUCCAGUCUGCUGUAAAAAAAUUCUUAUGUAUAAAGAAUUUAUACAGCAUAAAAAAAGUUGUUUUAAAAAAAAAUAUAUUUGUUUAGAAUGCAAUAAAAUAUAUUUGCAUAUUAAUGGAUAUAACAAACAUGUCAAUAAAGUCCAUUUAAAUAUUAAAACAAAUUAUAAUUGUAAUAUAAAUAAUUGCAAUAAAGAAUUUUCUUCCGAAUUUAGCUUAAAAGAACAUAUAAUUAAUUUUCAUCAUCGUGUUAAAAGAUUCUUUUGUUCUAAGUGUAACAUGUCAUUUGGUUAUAGAAGUUCUUUUAGAAGACAUAAUAUUAAUAUACACCCUUAA